AUGGAGAAGGAGCUGAUUGAGCUUUUCGAGUCUGCAAAGAGUGCUGCAUAUGCCUCCGAGAACUCUUUAUCGGAAGAGUAUCGGUGCCUUGAUGCAUUGAAACAGCUCAAGAUGUUCCCAGUUACCUAUCAACUUCUUGUGUCAACUAAGGUCGGCAAACAUCUCCGCCAGCUGACGCAACACAGAAGCGUCCGAAUCAAGACCUUGGCAGCCGAUGUGGUUGAUAUAUGGAAGGGCAUAAUCGUCAAAGAAACCAGAAAAGCCAAGAAAAUCGAGACCCUCAACAAUGCCGAUACCUUCCACUUGCACAGACCGAACUCCAUCAAGCCCGAGCAAGAAGACCCACCCGCCAAGGAACCGAAAAUCGAGCAAACCACCAGCUCGGGAUCGUCUGCCAUCAAAAUCGAGACAAAAGUCAAAAUCGAGAAGUCAACCGACCAACCGAAGCUAACGUCUCUUGUCUACUGCAAAGACCCGGCUCGUGACCGCAUCCGAGAAUUACUCGCCGAGGCCCUCUGCAAGGUUGAGCACGAGCACGACCCAUCACUCGCGAACCGAGUCGAAAGGGUCAACCCGUACCGUGUGGCGGUCAUGGUAGAAACGGCCAUGUUCGAUAAAUGGGGGAGUUCUAAGGGAGCCCAAAAGCACAAAUACCGGUCCAUCAUGUUCAACAUAAAAGACCCCAAAAACCGUGACUUCCGGCGAAAGGUUCUGUUCGGGGAGUUCGAGGCUCGGGCUGUGCCGGAACUUUCGCCAGAGCAGAUGGCGAGCGACGAGCGUCGGGAGGAAAACGAGAAGCUCAAGCAGAAAGGGUUGUUCAACAGCGAGCGGGCAGCGGCUCCAAAGGCGAGCACGAACGAGUUCAGGUGUGGACGGUGCAAGAAGAAGGAGACAACUUAUUAUCAGAUGCAGACGAGGAGUGCGGACGAGCCCAUGACGACUUUCGUGACAUGCGUAAAUUGUGGGAACCAUUGGAAGUUCUGUUGA